GCCUAGCCGGCCGACGAGCGCGGCGCGGACCGACGGGAUAGGUAUAAGCACGAGCGAUCCUCUCUGGUCUAGUGGCGUGUAAGAUCCCAACAGGAGCGAACGUGCCAAGUUUUAUCAACGCGGCACGCGGCGUUUUUAACCGCGGCCGGAAACACAAAAAACCGCCGCGAAUUCGAGUUCUCGUCCACGCUGCUUAUCGACGCACGAUCCACGAACGACGAUUCAUUCGCGAUCCGUCAGUGAUGCGAGAAUCUCGUUCGGCAAACCUCCGGGCCUGACACUUGCACACAGGAAUGUGGCGUUUAGCGUUUCUCUUGAUCGGCUCCGCGACAGCCGGAAAGUCGGGCCCCGAAAUCGAAUAUCCCGAAAUACCGGUAGAAUAUGCACCUCUGCCACCGGAGGAAAAUGCACCCGUUCCUCUACCUGGAAUGCUUUAUCCCCGCGAAAGCGAAUCGCGAGAGGUAAAAUCUCUGGACGGUCUAUGGGAUUUCGUCGUUUCCCCAUCGGGAGAUUCGUUGAAAGGCUACAAAGAGGCGUGGUACGCGAGCGAUUUGUCCAAGGUAGGAGAAGUAAUGCGGAUGCCAGUGCCUUCGUCCUACAACGAUAUUACCACUUCGAGGGAACUUAGAGAUCACGUCGGUGCUGUCUGGUAUCAACGAACGUUCUUCGUGCCUUCUUCGUGGCGCGAACAAAGGGUUUUUGUGAGAUUUGGCUCGGUGAAUUACCUGGCUCAGGUGUGGAUAAACGGUGGCUUGGUGACCAACCAUGAAAUGGGUCAUCUGCCAUUCGAAGCCGAGAUAUCGUCCUAUUUGAUCUACGGCGGUAAAAAUCGCAUAACUGUCGCAGUAGACAAUACGUUGCUACAGACAAGCGUGCCGCAAGGUAAAGUUGUCAACACCGCCGUCGAUAACGGAACUGUACACGUGCAAAGUUACACGUUCGAUUUCUUCAAUUACGCCGGCAUCCACAGGCCCGUUUUGCUGCACACGAGACCGCGUGUGUACAUCGAAGACAUCACGGUAAGAACAGGAUUAAUCGGCGAUAUGGGCACCGUGAAAUACGACAUUCUGCCGGCCGGUUUACACGAGCACGAAAUUCCGAUCUGCAGAGUGAGCCUGCUCGAUGCCGAGGACACUCCGGCCAUAAGGGAGCCAGUUUAUGGGUUUUCCGGUACGCUCAGAGUGCCAUUCGCUAAACUCUGGUGGCCCAGGGGCAUGAGUUCUACCCCAGGCUACAUGUACACGUUGGAGAUCACCUUGACCGUGGCGAACGAGACCAAAGUAGACGUCUAUAGGUUACCGAUCGGAAUCAGAUCGUUGGUCUGGACGAAUAGCAGCGUGUUCGUUAACGAUAGAUCCUUGUAUAUGCGGGGAUUUGGUAGACACGAGGACUCGAUCAUCAGAGGUCGCGGUCUGGAUUUAGUCACCGUAGCUAGAGAUUACGAGCUGUUGCAAUGGGUUGGCGCAAAUGCCUACAGAACAAGCCACUAUCCCUACAGCGACGAAGUACUCGACUUGGCCGAUCGAUUGGGCUUUCUUAUUAUCGACGAGUGUCCUUCCGUGGACACGGAAAACUUUUCACCGAUUCUCCUGGCGCGUCACAAAGACUCGUUAUCGGAGCUUAUAAGGAGAGACAAGAAUCGUCCUUCGGUGAUCAUGUGGUCAAUCGCUAACGAACCCAGGACGCAAUUACCCGAAGCUGGGGAAUAUUUUAAACAAGUCGCUCAUCACACGAAAGCACUCGAUCCUACCAGGCCCAUUACCAUUGCCAUGGCACGAGCUGUUCAGGAAGACAAAGCCGGCGAAUAUCUCGAUGUGAUCAGCUUUAAUCGCUACAACGGUUGGUACAAUAACCCAGGCCGUAUCGAUACCAUUGUCAACAAAGUUAUCGAAGAAGCUGAAGCAUGGCAUAAGAAAUAUAAUAAACCGGUGCUCAUGUCCGAAUACGGUGCCGAUACUAUGGCCGGAUUGCACGAGCUCCCCGAGUACGUGUGGAGCGAGGAAUAUCAAAAAGAAGUAUUGUCGAAACAUUUUGAAGCCUUCGACCGAUUAAGAAACGAAGGCUUCUUCAUUGGUGAAUUCAUUUGGAAUUUCGCUGACUUUCGAACGGCUCAAACGUUCAUAAGAGUUGGCGGUAAUAAGAAGGGAAUAUUUACGAGAGAAAGACAACCAAAAAUGGCGGCAUAUCAUGUCAGAAAAAGGUACCACCUCCUUCAAAAGCAACUGGAGGGGACAGAAGUGCCGAACGAUCUCGACAAUUAUAUUACAUUCCGUCAUUCUCAUCACUCGGAACUUUAGAAAUAAAUUCUUCACACUGCACAAUAAUUUUGUUAACAAAUUUUUCAAGUACAUAUCUUUUCAUUUGUACAUAUACGAAUGUUGUACAAAAAAACGUUUGCUUAUUUACUCUUUUUCUACAGAUGUAAUUUGUAUUUUUCGGAGAGUUUUAUUAUUUUCAAUCAUUAUAAUUACUACAUUACUAUUACUUUUUACGUUCGAGUACUGCCACGAAAAAUAAUGUUUAAUAAAUAUUUUACAAAUUUUCAACUUCCAA